AUUGCGCGCACCGGUCGCGGGCUACGCCCCUUGCGCGACCCCUCCAUCUUCCUCGCAGCGCCGCUCAGGCUCGGUCCGGCGGUCCCUCAGCGCAGAUCUUCUGCUCCUUCCCCCACUCGCGCUCAGUGACGCUCAGGCUCGGUCCCUCAGAGACGGAGGGGCAGUCCUAGGCUCGGCGGCGGCGUCGGCGUCGGCGGCUUCCCCUCCCGCCUCUCUCCAGUCGCUUCCGUCCUCCGCGCACCGGCCGUCGACCCUGCGUACGCACCUCCGUCUCCCCUCCCGCCUCUGCUGUACCGUGGGACCCCGGCCAGCUGCCCAGGGUGGCCGGGCCUUGGCUCCGCCGGUGAGUCUGUAUGCUCUGGGGGUGUUUUGGUACCUGGGACGGGAGUUCAGAUGCUGGCUAGAUAAUCUGGAAGAUACAUGUGUGUCAAUCACAUAGAUAGUAAAGCUGGCCAACUGGGUGUAAGAGAUGUUUGUUCCUGUGCUAGAUAACAGGUCUGAUUUUGAGGAGCCCUUUAAAAUUUCUGGGAUGUGGCAAUGCUCCAUCUGCACGCAUGAAAAUUCUACAGAUAAUUUAUCUUGUGAGCUAUGUGGUGUACUUCGUGAUCUCUCACUGUAUUUCAAUAAUAUCAGUGAAGCCAAAGAUGGAGCUAAAUGCAGACACAAGUAUUCUGGGGUAUCCAUACUCGCAAGAUCUCUUUUUACACCAUCUAGUACAAAGUCAAAGGCUAUUGUUUUUUCUGAUGGUUUCAAAGACAGUAGAAAUACAACAGGGAAUAAGCAAGCUACCAUGGAUGCUCUACAUAAGACAUACAUGACUCGCAAAAAGCGCCACAUUAACAUAGUGCCUUUCAAGUUUGAUACACCAUCUCCAGAUGACAUGGUCGUUACAGGCUUAAAAUCAUCCAGAAACUUUAGAAAAGUUGACACAAAGGUUCUAGUUAAAGAUUCUGUUGACGUGACCGGAAAGAAGAUGAUAGAUAAUAAUAUUCUUCUAACUGAAAAGAGUACAAGUAUGGACCCAAGUGCAUCAGUACAAUUGGAUGAAGUUGGUGGAUCUAGUAGCAAUGUUCCUUCCAGUAGUCAAAAUACAACUCUUGUUUUGGACCAUAAGCUACAACAUUUGAGUUUGGAGAGCAAACCAAAGAACAGUAAACCCAAUAUUAAGAAAGCAACUUCCGUUUCACACUACAAGCCAGAACCAUGGAUGCUCGAGAGUGAAGAUCAAGAAAUCUGUAAACAGCUAAGUCUUGCCAUUGUUGGUCAUGUGGAUUCUGGGAAAUCAACUUUAUGUGGUCGAUUACGACAUGCUCUGGGAUUGAUUUCAAAAAAACAAAUGCAUAAAUAUGAGAAAGAAGCUAAAGAAAAGGGGAAAGGGUCAUUUGCAUAUGCUUGGGCUAUGGAUGAGAGCAGUGACGAGAGGGAGCGUGGCAUUACAAUGACUGUGGCUGUAGCAUACUUUAAUAGUGAAAAAUACCGUGUGGUUUUGCUUGACUCCCCUGGUCACAAGGAUUUUGUUCCUAAUAUGAUAUCUGGUGCUACACAAGCUGAUGCAGCCAUCCUAGUUGUCGAUGCAUCUAUAGGCUCAUUUGAAGCUGGCAUGGGUGUUAAUGGAAUUGGUCAGACAAAGGAACACUCACAACUUAUUAGGAGCUUUGGUGUUGAGAACUUGAUAGUUGCUGUUAAUAAGAUGGAUGUGGUGGAAUAUUCGAAGGAGCGGUUUCAGUCCAUUAAAUCACAACUUGGUAUCUUUCUUCGUUCAUGUGGGUACAAAGACUCUUCAGUCACCUGGGUUCCUUUGAGUGCAAUGGCAAAUGAAAAUUUAGUCACAGCUUCUUCAGAUUCUCGUCUUCUAUCAUGGUACAAUGGAGAUUGUCUGCUGAAAGCCAUUGACUCAUUACCUCCUCCCCAUCGUGACGUUUCAAGGCCACUGCGCCUUCCAAUAUGUGAUGUUAUUGCAUCUCACACGCUGGGUCAGGUGGCUGUUUGUGGUAAAGUAGAGUCUGGAGGGAUCCGAACUGGCUCUAAGGUACUUGUCAUGCCUUCUGGAGAUAUAGCUACAGUAAGAACCAUUGAGCGGGAUUCCUCUACUUGCAGCUUGGCUAGAGCCGGGGACAAUGUUGCCAUUGGUCUGCAUGGGAUCGACCCUGGCCAUAUUGUGUCAGGUGGAGUUCUUUGCCAUCCAGAUUUCCCCGUGCGCGUCGCUUCUCACUUGGAGCUGAAAGUUUUGGUUCUAGAAAUCACCAUGCCAAUACUGGUUGGUCUUCAGUUUGAGCUACACAUACAUCACGCGAGGGUGUCAGCGAGGUUGGUUAAAAUACUGUCGUCGUUGGACCAGAAGACUGGCAAGGCCUUAAAGAAAAUGCCACGUUUGCUCACCGCGAGGCAGGCCGCCGUGGUUGAAGUGAAGCUGGACAAAGAAGUGUGCGUGGAAGAAUUCUCGACGCUGAAGGCCCUUGGGCGGGUGUUCCUGCGGUCUCAGGGUAACACCGUUGCAGUGGGCAUUGUGACUCGAAUUCUGGAUCAGGAUUUGAACCUCGAUUAACCAGACGUCUCAUGUACACGAUGUGUCUGUUAUGUUGCUGAGCUAGUCAGUAGAUGUGUAUAUAUGUUUAUGUAGCUUGGGCUAAGGGUUGUUUUGUCGUGCAGCAGCUACACGCGGCUGCAAUGCCUGCAUUAACAGACGGCACUAACUUGAAUUUUAUUUUACUUUUUAAAAACAAUCGUGACGUCAGACUAAUACCUGUGACGGGUCAUUUUAACAAAUCUGGCUGAGCCAUGGGUGGUCACCUUUCUAUGUUGUAUAUAUCCCUUUCCUAAUUUUAUCA